UUGGGUAUAAAAUUGGUAAAAGAAGCGUGGGAUGUUCCCUCUCCUGUUAGGUUGUCACACCAAGGCACCUUUGUAAAAUCCGUUCUCCCUGCUGGCCCGGAAUUUCCAAUUCCUUCGGUCUUCACGAAACACUUCCCGGCAAAGCCCAACCACGCCAGAGCAGGACUCGGGCGUCUCGGAAGUAUUGAGCUGCCCGGCUUGGGUGCUGGGACCCUGGGGAUAGCAAAGGCUACUAGGAACUGGGUAGAGGAAUUCGAGCCCCAGCUUCCUCUUCCACACCAAGCAAAAAGCUGCAGGCGGAGCUCCUGGCCCUCCGCCUUCUGUUUGGCGUCGGGCAGUGGGCAGGGCUUUGGGGGUCCCGCCUGCGGUUUGGCAGCAAAAGGUUGAAAAAAGUGGAAAAGCUACGGUCUGCAUUUCUGGGCGGGACUUCAGAAGGCCAACUUCCCGGUUGGCCGCGAGAGGCUACGGACACCACCCCUGACGAGCUUCUCUCGGCCGUCAUGACGGCGGUUCUCCGGGACGUGAAGCUGAGGCCGGAGCAGUUGGGCGACAUCUGCGUAGGAAAUGUGCUUCAGCCUGGGGCUGGGGCAGUCAUGGCCCGAAUUGCCCAAUUUCUGAGUGACAUCCCAGAGACUGUGCCUUUGUCUACUGUCAAUAGACAGUGUUCAUCGGGGCUACAGGCAGUGGCCAGCAUAGCUGGUGGCAUCAGAAAUGGGUCUUAUGACAUUGGCAUGGCCUGUGGGGUGGAGUCCAUGUCCCUGGCCGACAGAGGGAACCCCGGAAAUAUUACUUCCCGUUUGGUGGAGAACGAGAAGGCUAGAGAUUGCCUGAUUCCCAUGGGGAUAACCUCGGAGAAUGUGGCUGAGCGGUUUGGCAUUUCACGGGAGAAGCAGGAUGCCUUUGCGCUGGCUUCCCAGCAGAAGGCAGCAAGAGCCCAGAGCAAGGGCUGUUUCCUAGCUGAGAUUGUGCCUGUGACCACCACGGUCCAUGAUGACAAGGGCAACGAGAGGAGCAUCACUGUGACCCAGGAUGAGGGUAUCCGCCCCAGCACCACCAUGGAGGGCCUGGCUAAACUGAAGCCUGCAUUCAAGAAGGAUGGCUCUACCACGGCUGGAAACUCUAGCCAGGUGAGUGAUGGGGCAGCUGCCAUCCUGCUGGCCCAGAGGUCCAAGGCAGAAGAGUUGGGCCUUCCCAUCCUUGGGGUCCUGAGGUCCUAUGCAGUGGUUGGGGUCCCGCCUGACAUCAUGGGCAUUGGACCUGCCUAUGCCAUCCCUGUAGCUUUGCAAAAAGCAGGACUGACUGUGAAUGAUGUGGACAUCUUUGAGAUCAAUGAGGCCUUUGCAAGUCAGGCUGUCUACUGUGUGGAGAAGCUAGGACUCCCCCGUGAGAAAGUGAACCCUCUAGGGGGUGCAGUGGCUUUAGGGCACCCACUGGGCUGCACUGGGGCACGACAGGUCAUCACACUGCUCAACGAGCUGAAGCGCCGCGGGAAGAAGGCAUAUGGAGUGGUGUCCAUGUGUAUCGGGACUGGAAUGGGAGCCGCUGCUGUCUUUGAAUACCCUGGGAACUGAGGGAGGCCCUGGGCUAGAGGCUCCACACAGACCGUCCUGCUCUAGCAGGAAGGGAGCAACACUACAGAAGCGAAACCACAUGGGAAAAUUCAGCACUGGUGGUGGUGGAAGCAGAGAAAUCAAAGCACGAACUAAUCUGGAAAACACGAACACUGAUGACAUAGUAUAGGAGUGGGUGGGGUGGGGGGAUCACCCCCUGUCAGGCCCCCUCUAGCUGGGCCAAAGUCAGCCAGGGUCACCCAGGCCACAAGGUCAUCGUGUAAUUCCUGGGGGAAGGGAGAUUCACGGAUGGGGACUGUAAUAGACACAGUAAAUGUGUGUUAACCUA